GGAGUGGGGUCCACAUUCUUGGCUGGAUGGGAUGUAUUCCCCUGCUGCGCACGCAAAGUAUAGUAUUUCACUCUGUUCUUCUGCCACAAACCUUUCAAACUCAAAGAAAAGAAGUUUUGAAGAUCCAAUCAUUAAAAAGAAAAAAGCUUUGGAUUUGUUUGAACAAUCCCACAUGCUCAAAUUCAUUCUUCUCGUUGCUUCGGCCGCCAUUUUUGUUCUUCUUCUAAUCUCCAUCUUCUUCUUCUUCUUCCGCCAUAAGCUCUCACUAACAGAGCAUCGACACGACGUCGAGAGGCCCUGCAACGACGAACACAACAAAAAGGAACACACGCCGCCGCCAUCGCCGCCGUCGUUGGCAACUUUUGAGGGUGGCGAGGAUUUGACGAUCGACGAGAUUCUAGAAGCUCCGGGGGAAGUGAUUGGCAAAUCCCACUAUGGAACUCUGUACAAAGCUUCGUUACAGAGCACCCAAUCGACCCGGCUACUUAGAUUCCUCCGGCCGGGUGCCGGUGGAGGAGAGUACGACGUCGUUCGGUUUCUGGGUUCGAUUAGGCAUAGGAAUUUAGUGCCGAUGCUAGGAUUCUACGCCGGCGGGAGGGGUGAGAGGCUUCUGGUUCACCCGUUUUAUGGGCAGGGGAAUUUGGCGGAGUUGAUUAGAGAACGAGAAUCAGAGUCAAAAAAUUGGGAGGUCAUUAACAAAAUCUCCCUCGGAAUCGCAAGAGCCCUAGAUCAUCUCCACAACGGAUUACAGAAACCAAUACCUCAUGGAAAUCUCAAAUCCAAGAACAUUCUUCUCGAUUCAAACUUUGAGCCGCACGUCUCCGAUUUCGGCCUCCAUCUCCUCCUCAACGCCGCCGCAACUCGAGAAAUGCUCCAAGUUUCCGCCGCCUCCGGCUACAAGGCGCCGGAACUGAUUAAUAUGAGCGACGCUGAUGAACGAACAGACGUCUUCAGCUAUGGCAAGAUCUUACUCGAGUUGCUUUCUGCCAAAGAGACGGGCGGAGACGGCGGCGAUUGCGGUGUUUCUGAAGAGCGGACUCUCCGAUGCCUUCUUCAGAUCGGCGAGGCCUGUUGUUCUUCUUCGCCGGAUCUUCGGCCGGAUUUCAAGGAAGUGAUCGCGAAGAUUACAGAAAUCGGAAGGAUUGAGAUGGAUUUCAGAUGAAUUGGAUUGCAGCAAAAAGGUUUUUUCUGGAGUUCCACUCAACAAUUGCAGAGAGAAGACUGAAAUUUGGUAUCAAAUUCUUAUCUGCCAACGGCAACUUCGUGAUCGGUGA